AAUGGAGAGAACGUCAAUCAAAGGCUUAGCUCUCAGAGCUGGGAAGGAGCUCUAGAUGGCGGAUGAGCCUUGGGAAGGGGAACACGUCGAGCCUCGCUGGGCUCUUUCUAGCACUUCUCUCAAACUUUGACGAACUUUUCGUUUCAUACGGAGACCAAAAUUAAAACGUUCUUUUCGGAUUAUUUCGUUUCGAAAAGUGUAGACGUUUCUGUGUUUCUUUUGUUAUAUUUUCUUUCGUUCUGAAGUCUAGUGGUGUAGUGUGGAUGCGCGAGUCGUUGUUUUCCCUGCCUUGCACUGGCGGCCAUGGCGCUCCUCCAUUUUUAGUGCGCUCAGCCUGGCACUUUAGACCCUCGAGUCGCUUAGUUAAUAGCCGUUGUCCUGCCAGUGCUAUCAUUUUUAUUUUCAAAUAAUAUUCCGGAAUAGCAUUUAAACGUCGUAGAUAUAUAUUUUUUGUUUUUUAUUGCUACAGAAAUAAAUCGUCUUUUUUUACGGACGUGAAAGCACUACUCAUUUAUCUUCCUGUCUAUGGAAUAGUAAAUACCAGGACAUAAGAUCAACAUUAACAAAAGUUCAAGACAUAACCAUGAUGAAGAAUAAGAAUAAAAAUCAGGAAGAUGAAACCUCGGCACAAAGCAAUGCAUCAAGCAAUUCAGCCUCAGAGGAGUCAAACCGCUCGGGGUCAGAAUCUGGGAGUCAGUCGGAGAGCGAGCAGGGCAGUGAGAGAGCACGAUCCCACCAUUCGGAGUCCAACAGCACAUCUGACUCUGAGAGUCACUCUGAGUCGGAGAGCGGGUCCACUGGGUCCAAAUCACGGCAGGUCUCCACAGAGGUCAAAGACAAACCAGUUAGGAAGAAAGACAACUUGGCGGAUGUGAAAAAGAUGUGGGAAGAGCAUCCAGAUGUCUAUGGUGUUAGGAGAUCUAAUCGCUGCAGACAAGAACCUGCUCGUCUUAAUAUAGGAGCCGAGGGUAGCAGUGAGUCAGAGAGUGAAAGCCCUAAAAGGAAAGGACCACGACAGAAAAAGAAAGAUAAUACCUGGAAAGAUGAUGACUCAAAUGACGAAGAGGAAGAUGAGGAUGAGGAGGCCAGCAGUACAGAGAGUGAGCAGGAAGAGAAAAAAGUUAGAUCCAGACGACUUCCUGCCAGAAGACCACAGACCAAAACAGCUUCAGCUAAGCAGCAACAGUCUCAAAAAGGACGAAAACAGAGAAAGCAAGAGUCAUCUGAGGAAGACGAAGAUGAUGAUGACGAGGAUGAUGAUGAUGAGGAAGAUACUCCAAAGAGACAGACACGACGCAGGGCAGCUACCAAAGUCAGUUACAAGGAAGACCAAAAUGACUUUGAGACCGACUCUGAUGACCUUAUUGAGAUGGCAGAUGGAGGUGAAGAACAGCAAGAUGAUGACAGCGAGACCAUUGAGAAGGUCUUGGAUACCAGAACAGGCAAAAAAGGAGCUUCCGGGGCAGCUACAACACUUUACGCCGUGGAGGAGAAUGGCGAUCCGGGUGCCGAUUUUGACCCAGCCAAGGAUGAAGGAGAAACCCAGUACCUCAUCAAAUGGAAAGGGUGGUCCUACAUCCACAACACCUGGGAGAGUGUCGACACCCUCACCCAGCAAAAAGUCAAAGGGAUGAAGAAACUGGAGAACUUCAAGAAGAAGAAUGAAGAGCUCAACCUAUGGUUGUCCAGAGCAUCUCCUGAGGAUUUAGAGUACUACAACUGCCAGCAAGAACUGACCAGUGACCUGAACAAGCAAUUUCAGAUUGUGGAGAGAGUCAUUGCCAUGAAAACGGGGAAAUCGCAAGGACCGUCUGAUUUUCCUUCCCAUAAAACCAGCUCCAACGAGCCAGAGUAUCUGUGUAAGUGGAUGGGUUUGCCCUAUGCAGAGUGCACAUGGGAAGAUGGAGCAUUGGUAGGGAAGAAGUUUCAGCAUUGCAUAGACAGCUUCCACAGCAGGAAUGCCUGCAAGACUGUUCCCUCCAAAGACUGCAAAGUGUUGAAACAAAGACCUAGAUUUGUAGCCCUGAAGAAACAGCCGUCUUAUAUCGGAGGUGAGAAUCUGGAGCUUCGAGAUUACCAGUUAGAUGGUCUGAACUGGUUGGCCCACUCUUGGUGCAGGUGUAACAGUGUUAUUUUAGCUGAUGAGAUGGGCCUGGGUAAGACCAUCCAGACCAUUUCCUUCCUGUCCUACCUGUUCCAUCAGCACCAGCUGUACGGGCCUUUCAUUCUCGUGGUCCCCUUGUCCACCCUCACUUCCUGGCAGAGGGAAUUUGACACCUGGGCUCCUGACAUGAACGUUGUAGUCUACCUGGGGGACGUCAUGAGCAGAAAGACGAUCCGUGACUACGAGUGGAUACACCAACAGACAAAAAGAAUCAAAUUCAAUGCACUUUUGACCACAUAUGAAAUUCUACUGAAAGAUAAGGGAGUUUUGGGAAACAUAAACUGGGCAUUUCUGGGAGUGGAUGAAGCUCAUCGACUGAAGAAUGAUGACUCGCUGCUGUAUAAAACGCUGAUGGACUUCAGAUCCAAUCACAGGCUGCUGAUCACAGGGACCCCCUUACAGAACUCUCUCAAAGAACUGUGGUCCCUGCUGCACUUCCUCAUGCCAGACAAGUUUGAAUCCUGGGAAGAUUUUGAAGAUGAGCAUGGUAAAGGGAGAGAGAAUGGCUACCAGAGCUUGCACAAGGUCCUGGAGCCCUUCCUGCUGCGCCGUGUCAAGAAAGACGUAGAGAAAUCCCUACCUGCUAAAGUGGAACAGAUCCUUCGUGUGGACAUGUCCGCCCAGCAGAAACAGUUUUACAAGUGGAUCCUGACCAGGAACUAUCAGGCCCUUGCUAAAGGCACCAGAGGCAGCACGUCCGGCUUCCUCAAUAUUGUCAUGGAACUGAAGAAGUGCUGUAACCAUGGUUUCCUCAUCAAACAGCCAGAAGACACAGAUGAGAGUCCACAGGAGCACCUGAAGGCUCUGAUUCGUGGCAGCGGGAAACUGGUGCUCUUGGAUAAGCUUCUGACAAGGCUGAGAGAGAGAGGCAAUCGCGUCCUCAUUUUUUCCCAGAUGGUCCGCAUGCUGGACAUCCUGGCUGAUUACCUAGCCUUUAAACGCUACCAGUUCCAGCGCUUGGACGGAUCCAUUAAGGGAGAACUCCGCAAACAAGCACUGGACCACUUUAAUGCGGAAGGCUCAGAGGACUUCUGUUUCUUGCUGUCUACUCGGGCUGGAGGCCUGGGCAUCAAUCUGGCCUCAGCAGACACUGUGGUCAUCUUUGACUCCGACUGGAACCCUCAGAAUGAUCUUCAGGCUCAGGCCAGGGCUCACAGGAUUGGCCAGAAGAAACAGGUGAACAUUUACCGUUUGGUGACCAAGGGAACAGUGGAGGAAGACAUUAUUGAGAGGGCUAAGAAGAAGAUGGUUCUGGACCAUCUGGUGAUUCAAAGAAUGGACACCACUGGACGAACUGUACUGGAUAACAGCUCAGGAAAUUCAAAUUCAAACCCAUUUAAUAAAGAGGAAUUGACUGCCAUCCUAAAGUUUGGCGCUGAAGAUCUGUUCAAGGAACCUGAAGGGGAAGAAUCAGAACCACAGGAGAUGGACAUUGAUGAGAUCCUGCGACUGGCUGAAACCAGAGAGAGUGAUCAGGGAUCCAGCGCUACAGAUGAGCUACUGUCACAGUUCAAGGUGGCUAAUUUCACCAUGGAUGAGAACGUUCCAGAACUUGAGGAGAAACCCGUUAGGGAUUGGGAUGACAUUAUCCCUGAGGACCAGCGUCGGCGGGUGGAGGAAGAGCAGAAACAGAAAGAGAUGGAGGACAUCUACAUGCUUCCCAGGAGUAGAAGCUCCAACAAGAGGGCACAGGCUAAUGACAGCGACAGUGAUGUGGGUUCCAAGCUGAAGCACAGAUCUUCGGGUUCAGACAGUGAAACCGACGACAGUGAGGAUGACAAGCGGCCAAAGAGGAGGGGGAGACCCAGAGCUCGGAAAAACAACGUGGAAGGUUUCACUGAUACCGAGAUUCGCAGGUUCAUAAAGGCAUACAAGAAAUUUGGAGCACCUCUAGAAAGGUUGGAGGCCAUUGCCCGCGACUCUGAGCUUGUGGAUAAGUCCAUUGCGGAUCUAAAGAGACUGGGAGAGCUGGUCCACAGCAGCUGUGUGGCCGCAGUGCAAGAACAUGAAGAGCACAUGAAGGAGAACCCCGCCGAAGCCAAAGGUCCGGGGAAGAGGCGGGGUAUUAACAUUAAGAUCUCAGGCGUACAGGUCAAUGCCAAGUCCAUCAUCCAACAUGAGGAGGAAUUUGAGCCUCUUCACAAAGCUGUGCCUACUAACCCAUCUGAGAGAAGCAAGUUUCAGCUGACCUGUCGUGUAAAGGUGCCUCAUUUUGAUGUGGACUGGGACGUUCAAGAUGACACUCAGCUUCUACUGGGAAUCUAUGAGCAUGGCUAUGGCAACUGGGACCUCAUUAAGACCGACCCUGACCUGAAACUGUCCGAUAAGAUUCUUCCAGACGACCCUGAUAAGAAACCCCAGGGUAAGCAGCUGCAGCUUAGAGCUGACUACCUAUUGAAGAUGCUGAAAAAGGAACAGGAGAGUAAAGAUUCCUCAAAAGGAGAGGAGACCGUGGUGAAGAAGAGGAAGCCACGUGUGAAGAAAGAGAACAAAGCUCCCAAAGAUGAACUGGCCAAUGAGAUUUCUUCUCCCCGUCUCUCGGACAACCCCUCAGAGGAGGGAGAGGUGAAGGAUGAUGGAACAGACAAAUCUCCCACAAAGAAGAGACAGAAGAAAAAGGAUAACAAAGAGAAUAAAGAGAAACAGGGAACUCCCAAGAAAGAGAAAGAUGGCGACAAAGACAAAAAACGUUCCAAGCCCAGAAAAGAAAAGACCAAACCAGGAGCCAAAGGGAAGAAGUCUCAGGGCCCUGUUCACAUCACGGCAGGCAGUGAACCCAUCCCCAUCGGGGAAGAGGAUGAUGAACUGGAUCAGGAGACCUUUAGCAUCUGUAAGGAGAGGAUGAGGCCGGUGAAGAAAGCCCUGAAGCAGCUAGAUAAGCCUGAUGAGGGAUUGUCAGUGCAGGAGCAGCUUCAGCACACCCGCACCUGUCUGCUGAAGAUUGGAGACCGCAUCACAGAGUGCCUUAAAGCCUACAACGACCCAGAACACGUGAAAAUAUGGCGAAGAAAUCUCUGGAUCUUUGUGUCCAAAUUCACUGAAUUUGGGGCGAGGAAACUGCAUAAGCUCUAUAAGAUGGCUCAGAAGAAACGCUCACAGGAAGAAGAGAAAGAGCAAAAGAAGAAAGACGACCCUGCCAGGAAAAAAACAUUCAGACCAGAACCUUCGGGUUCCAGUCGAGACUCCACAGGGACUAUUCCUCCAUCGAAGCCCCAUCCACCCGUUUCCCACCCAUCUGGGCCACCUUCCCACGGCCACCACAGAGAGCCUUAUAACCAGCCAAACAAGAGACACUUUCCCAAUGACGAUCGAGGAGAUUGGCAGAGAGACCGCAAAUAUGGUUACUCUAGCAACAGUAACCAGUCUUGGCAAGGGGAGCGCCAUCACCCCUAUGACCCUCACAGAUAUAAAGAACAUCACUAUGGCGACCGCCGUCCCCACGGAGAUUCGUACCGUAGCUCUGGUGGCUAUCGCAACAGUGGCUCGCCACGCAAACGCCCCUAUGACCAGUACAGCAACGACCGGGAUCACAGGGGACACCGUGACUAUUAUGACAGACACCCAGAUGCAAAGAGGAGACGCUCUGAUGACUUCCGUUCCCCAAACUACCACCAGGGAGGAGGAGGAGGCGGAAGUCAUCCUCAGGACUUCAGGAGGAUGCCCGAUCACAGAGUCCAGGGAAACCAUGGGCCUCUGGGCCCAGAACACUACCGACCUUUCCAUCCAGACAAACCCCCUCCCCUGCUUGAUCCCCGCUCCCCCCAAGCCCAGAAGUCCCCCCACGACUCUCGCUCCCCUCCCGAGAGAACUGCUGAACAGAAAGUGGCGAUGGACUUCAACUGGAACAACAGAAAGACAUGAGAUCUGGGCGGGCGGAGGACGAGACAGGACCUUCUCGUCACACUCUGGGGACAGUGUAUGCUGCUAGAGGACUUGGUCUGGCAGGGCUGUGCGCAGCACCUCGCAGGUCAAACGUUUAUUCGACCAGCAACCACCAAACCCCCUCCACCGCCCAGUCAGAGGUUCUGUGAGCGCCCAUCACCACUGUAGAGAAUCCAUCCUGUGGAGCAUUGCCAGCCCAUCGCGUCCUCAUCCCUCCCCCCUGGGUCUCUGAGACAGGUUCACUGUCAGCAAACUGUUGUUUGGGUCGGGAUUUCACGACAUGUCAGAGCAUAGUUAGUCCUGUGGACUAUUAUGUAGGUGAAGUUGAUGAAGCCAAUAAGAAUGACUGAGAUAAGAUACAUGAAAGUGCCUCGAGCGUUUGGCCUUUUGAAGCAUCGGUAGAUGAGGGAAAUCUUUCCCAAAGUAAACAUUAUUUUUGUGUUAUUAUUGUUCUUCUUGUUGUUGUUAUUAUUAUUAUUAUUAUUGUUGGUUUGUUUUGUUCAAAAUAAGAAUCUCUUGCAAAAGUAGCCUUCAUGAGAAAAGUAAAAUGAUUGUAUUGUCAGUUGCACCUUUAUUUUUUUUCACUCUUUACUUUUGGACUGUUUGAGACUAUCCCACUUAAAUUUGACAAGCCUGCCCCCAAAGAUUGGGAUGAGCCCACGUUGAAAAAAUGAGUGAAAAUGUAAAAAUCUUAUUUGCCGUGGAGGUCUGUCUGUAAUGCUGUCAGUACUAAGUGAAUCUCUGGUAAGUCAUGUAACAAUCAGUUGGGCUGCUGAAUUGACCUAAAUUUGUCCCACUGCAGUCCCUGUAUCUCCUAGCUGCUGUGAGUCUGCUUAUCCUCUGAUAAAGUCAGUAGCCUGACGGAACAGGCCUUUACCCAACAGUAUUCCAAACCAACCUGACGAUAAUGUUUAGAACACUAUAAUUGCUAUUAUAUGUAAGCUAUUUUCCUCUCUGUCUCUUCCUGUUGUAAAUUGUGGCACCAUUUCAAUACACUGAAUCUCUGCGGUCAGUACAAGUGUGAGAGGUACUGCUGGAUCUUCAAUUGCACUAAAAACACAGUACUCUACAAGACUUUUGCUUUAUAAGUAUUGAGUAACAAGGAAUAAUGAGAUGUUUUUGAAAUCUUACUUUUGUUUUGUUAUAUUUGUUUCUCCCCAUCAUGUGUAUUUUACUGAGACAUGUUUAAAUCUGAUAAAAAUGCAUUGUGAAUGGAUAUAACCAUGUAGAAUGAAUGAAUGACCCAAGCUCUAUGGGGUCGCCUUGUUCCAGUGCCAAAUUUCAGAAUGGCGACCUGGGAUAAUCUUUUCAUUGAUUGUGUUUUGUUUUUUUUUUUGUUUGUUUUUUGUGCUUUUCCCAUUUGUGCCUUAUUCUUGUUUCUAUUGGCAUACUGUGUGAGUUGACAGACAUUCAGAGAAACUCAACACAGAGACAAUGCAGUAUUAACCUGGCACGCUCCAAUUGGAUUUAUUUACCAGGAUGGGUUUGUACAACUCAUCAAGACGCUUUGUCGAACGAUCGGCGAUGUGUGGGGAACAAUGUGGUUUUGGUGUUUUUCGAUCCCAAAGGAUUGUGAUAAUGAACUCCACUGCACAGGAGAGUAGGCGUCUAGCUUCUGUUCAGAGGAAUGAGGGGGAGUCUGUCAUGACGGAACUGUUCCCUCUGACUCCAUUCUCCAGCCUGGAGUCCUCCGAUUUGUGUCAUUCUUUAUGGAAAGCCAAGUGAAAAUAAUUUAUAUUUGUGAAAAGGAAAGCCACUGUUCAGAUGAAUUGUACUGUACAUAAUGUUUAUAGACCUCUAUGUAUUAAACUUUCCUACGUCAUGGAA